GUCGUAUUCGUCGGCCGUCAGUUGAAAUUGAUCGCGUGACUCGAAAGCGCGUGUUUCGCGCGUAGAACAAAAUAUAAUUGUUUUGAAAAGUGAAUUGAAUUUAUAUAUUUAAAAAAUGGCGUGUCCUAUGAGAUCAGCGUUAGAAGAUAUAGGGCAAGAUGGUAACCACCUGGGCAAUGAGGCUGGUAUGCUGUAUGGCGAAUACCUGAUGCUGGACAAGCUUCUAGCUGCGCAGCGGAUGCUUAGCGCAGAGACCUCCAAGCCAGUACACGAUGAACAUCUCUUCAUUGUUACACAUCAAGCAUACGAACUAUGGUUCAAGCAGAUCAUCUUCGAAGUGGACUCGGUGCGAUCCAUGCUGAAUGUGGAAGGGUUGGAUGAGAGCCACACCAUGGAGAUACUGAAGAGAUUGAACAGGGUCGUGCUUAUAUUAAAGCUGCUGGUAGACCAAGUAAUGAUAUUGGAAACAAUGACGCCUCUAGACUUCAUGGACUUCAGACAGUACCUGCGUCCCGCUUCAGGCUUUCAGAGUUUACAGUUCAGAUUAUUAGAAAACAAGCUGGGCUUAAAACAAGCAUUACGUGUAAAAUACAACCAGAAUUACCAGACAGUGUUUGAUGACGAUCCAGAAGCGAUGGUGGCGUUAAAGAACUCAGAGGAAGAACCAGCUCUACUCGCCCUCAUAGAGCGUUGGUUAGAGCGCACGCCGGGCCUCAACACUCACGGGUUCAAUUUCUGGGGAAAAUUCGAGGCAGUCGUCACCAAAAUGCUGGAAGACGAUAUAGAGGAAGCAAGGCGGGAACCCAACGAAGUGGUGCGGUCCCACCGCCUCCAAGACAUCGAAAAUCGGCGAGAGAUCUACCGCUCGAUCUUUGAUCCAACAGUCCAUGACGCUUUAAGAUCCAGGGGAGAAAGGAGGUUAUCCCACAAAGCGCUGCAAGGCGCUAUAAUGAUCACGUUCUACCGUGACGAACCUCGCUUCUCGCAGCCACAUCAGCUGCUAACUCUCCUCAUGGAUAUGGACAGUCUUAUUACGAAAUGGCGAUAUAAUCAUGUAAUAAUGGUACAACGUAUGAUUGGCUCGCAACAGCUCGGGACCGGCGGCUCCUCUGGCUAUCAAUAUUUACGAUCGACUUUGAGCGACCGUUACAAAGUGUUCCUGGAUCUCUUCAACUUAUCAACGUUCCUCCUCCCACGGUCCCUCAUUCCACCUCUCGAUGACGGGAUGAAGAGGGACCUCAACCUCACUUGGGGAGAGCAGGUUAAGGAGAAUGGAAUGGAAAAACAAAAUGGCCAAAACGGGUUGGAAUCGUCUUUAUAGAACCUAGAAAACAUUUAAUUCUAAGUUCAUACAUAUUUUCAGGCAUAUUCUUUAAAGAAAUUUUCGAAAUGCAAAAAUAUGUUUUGCUAUUGCAUGGAUAUAUUAUGUGAUUAAUUCUUAUAAAUUUUAUACUGUCUAAGGCGUCAAUCUAGUAUUCCAAAUGAUUUUAAUUUGUUUUUUAUUGAACUAUGACAAUAAAACUUCAGUGAAUAUAAGUUAAAAUGUACUAGAUUCAUUUUUAAAUAAUAAACAACCAUUCAAUAAA